GAAAGUUUUACCAUCAAACGUCAUAUUCAAUGCUUCUCAAAGCACCAAAGUUAGCCUCGUUCGAUACAGUCGCUGCUCCAGUCAAGUGAACACGCCUACUGUAGGUAACUCAUUGUGCACCACGACAGCCAACCCUGCAUCUACCAUUGUCUUGGGAUUCCUGACAACUUUUGAAUACAACCACCACCAUGCCUACACUGGCGUUGACGAAUUUCAACAUCGUGUGCGCCUCGCUUGGCGGGUUCAUCACCUUGUUUGGCCUUGUGUCUUAUUUGAUGAAAGAGAAGUUCUACCUCUCAGAAGCGCUGAUAUCCCUCAUUGCUGGACUCAUCUUUUCCCCGCAUGCAACCAACUGGAUACGACCGCACGAAUAUGCUCUGCAUUCUAUUGAAAACUUGGACUCCAUUACCUUGUACUUCACCCGCGUCGUACUUGGCGUGCAACUAGUCCUUGCCGGCGUGCAACUGCCGUCGAAGUACCUGAAAACAGAAUGGAAGAGUCUGGCCUUACUCCUCGGUCCCGUCAUGACGACUAUGUGGCUCAUCACCAGCCUCCUCGUCUUCGCACUGGUCCCUCAUAUAAGCUUCUUGCAGGCCUUGGCGGUUGGUGCUUGUGUCACCCCUACAGACCCUGUGUUGUCCAACUCUAUCGUCAAGGGCAAGUUUGCGGACAAGAACAUUCCCAAGGAACUUCAGAAGAUCAUUGUUGCUGAGUCUGGAGCUAAUGAUGGAUUGGGUUACCCCUUCCUGUUCCUGCCACUUUAUCUAAUCCAGCACAUUGGCAGUCAUGGGAACGAUGGCUUUGGUCAGGACGGCAAAGCAAGUACCGCCAUUAGAUUGUGGUUUGGAGAAACGUUGGGAUACACCAUUAUCUUGAGUGUCAUCUACGGCGCCGUCGUAGGAUGGCUCGCAAAAGAGUUGUUGCAUUGGGCUGAAGAGAGGAAGUACGUUGAUCGCGAAAGCUUCCUCGUCUUCGCCAUCACCCUCGCUCUAUUCAUCGUCGGCACCGUUGGCAUGAUCGGAAGCGACGAUGUCCUAGCCUGCUUUAUCGCUGGCAACACAUUCACCUGGGACGACUGGUUCCGCCUCGAGACCAUGGACGACUCCUUCCAACCAACCAUCGACAUGCUCCUCAACGUAUCGAUAUUCAUCUGGUUCGGGGCGAUCUGCCCAUGGGCAGAGUUCUACCAUAACAACGUCAUCCCCAUCUGGCGACUAGUCAUUCUCGGUAUUUUAGUUCUCCUACUCCGCCGCCCUCCUAUCGUUUUCGGGAUGCACAAGCAGAUCCACCAGAUCGAGCAAAAGCGACAAGCACUCUUCGUCGGUUUCUUCGGCCCCAUUGGUGUCAGUGCCGCUUUCUACCUCUAUGUCAGCAUUGAGUUCCUCAACAAGAUCAAAGUCGACGAUGGAACUAGAGAGGACGCAGCGUACCUUAUUGAAGUCAUGAACGUGGUCAUCUGGUUCCUGAUCAUCUGCUCGGUCAUCGUCCACGGCCUUAGCAUUCCCCUCGGCAAACUCGGUUUCUUCAUCCCUCGCACGCUUUCGCGCGCCAUCUCAUCUCGAAGCGAAGAGCCGGAGCCGUUCUACGUUGCAGAGGGCGCCGACGAUGCAAUUACAGAUAUCGAGCAGCGGCUUCGACGCCGUCCAGGUUGGUCGCGUACGGGAGGUGAUUCGUUGCCAAACCGCGUUGUGCGCAUUGGCAGGUCUAUCAUUCGCUCCGGCGACAACUCGAGGAGUCAGUCGAGAAGUAAUGUGCAGACGCCUAUGCCACUAUCGGCUGCGCCGACGAUGGCAAGAGGCGAGGGAGGGACUGGUGAGGCGAGUGCAGCGGCGAGCACGGCGGAUGUGGGUUUGCAGAGGACGAUUCGAUUCCCUGAUGAGGAGCCGGUAGGAGCGAAGCCCUAGACUCAAAAUGACCCCUUCACAGAUGGCUGGGAAGGUCCUUACGCAGCACUACAUGAACCGUAUCACAAU